AUGGCUGCCAACCCUGUGCCGUCCAAAAACUUCAAGGCAGUAAUCGUCGGUGGAAGCGUGUCGGGCCUGACCCUCGCCAACAUUUUCGAGCAGCUUGGUAUCGAAUAUGUCCUGCUCGAGGCCUACGACGACUGGGCGCCCCAAGUUGGUGCCAGCAUCGGAAUGUUGCCCAACGGCUUGAGGAUUCUUGACCAGAUUGGCGUCAUGGAGUCGUGGGCUGAGGGUGUUCCCCCCGCAUCGGUUGCGGCCAUGACGAGGACCGGCGGGAAACAGCUCAUCAGUUAUGAUUUAUGGGAUAGACACACAUCCGAAAGGUUUGGCACGGUUAUCAACUUUGCCGACCGACAAAAGCUGCUACAGUCCCUUUACGGCACACUGAAGAAUAAAGGCAACCUGUUUUUGAAUAAGCGCGUCGUCAAGGUUACGACGUCUGACGCCGGGGCCAGCGUCGAAACAAAAGACGGUAGCAUAUACCACGGCGAUAUUGUUAUCGGCGCCGAUGGUAUCAAGAGCACUGUCCGCCAGGAGAUGUGGCGCAAUGCGGCAGAGGCAUCCCCCGGAUAUUUCCCCGGAAGCGACUCGAUGAAGCAACUCCCCAUCGAGCACAAGUGCCUUUUUGGGAUUUCCAAGCCACACAAAGCAAUGCCCGCUGGGAAAAGUGCCUACGUGGUCGGUCGGGCACAUUCCUACCUGUUGAUUGGUGGACCGGGCGGCCGCGUCUACUAUUUUCUAUUUGUCAAGCUCCCAGAGAAGCUCUGGGGCGACAAGACGCCAAAAUACAGCGACGAGGACGCCCGUGCGCUGGCUCGGCAAUACAGCGACGAGCUCGUCCUUCCGAAUUGCACUUUUGGUGAGCUCGUAGACGGGUACAGCUCGAUGGGCAUGACUGCGCUCCACGAGCAUGUCUUUGAGAAGUGGCACUGCGGCCGCAUCAUAACCAUCGGUGAUGCUGCUCACAAGCUCAACCCGAUCUCGGGACAAGGAGGCAACAGCGCUAUAGAGAGCGCAGCCGCGGUCGCCAACGCGCUCGGCCCGGCGCUCGACCGGCUCAGCGGUUCGUCCCGGCUCUCCGCCUCCGACAUAGAGGCCGUGUUCCGGGAGGUAGAUAGUGUCCGACACAAGCGGGCCGAAGCGUUGAUGGCGGCUGCCAGGAAACAGCAGGCAAUGAACGCACCAGAGGGCUUUUUCGGCUUCCACAUGACGCUUCUAGUCCCUUAUAUGCUUUCAGUCGAGAAGAUGUGCGAGCCGCAGGUGGUUGGAUGUGCCGACGCGGUGCGGGUCGAACGCCUCCCCGUGCCCUUCCGUCCGCACUUUAUCCCCUUUACCGAUGAGCUGCCGGCCAAGCCUAUCCAGAGCUUGCGCCUGCCCAGGCUCGUGGUUGCGCUGGUCAUGGGCGCCUUGGUCUUGAUGGCGGGCCAUGGAAUUGUGCACAUCAGCGACCUCCCAGAUACUUUCUUGGCCCAGCCCUUUAGGACCGUUUUUACCUCCAACCCAAUCGUCGACAAGAUCCUGCUUGCGCUCACCAAGAUCUUUGCCAUGGGACUGACUAGCCCCAUCCCUGAGCAGUACCUCCAGAUGGUAUACUUCCUCCCGAUGCUGGCGCCACUGAUUUUGAUCUGGGUUGUGGAGGCCAAUAGGAGGGGAAAUCAACAAACUAUUCGGGGCACCAUACUGACGUGGCCAAGCAUAUUCGCCUUGGCAUGCCAGCUCUUGUCCGUGGCCCGCACCGGCCCACUCUAUUUUCUUAUCACUCUCCUCAUCGGCAUCGGCCCGAUUGUCCACCGACCCUCAAGCCGCGUCGUGGACGCCGAUCUGGCCCGAACGGUGCUCCCCGCGACGAUCCUCGGCUUCGUGGUACCCACGGUGCUGAUGCUGACGCCGCAGCGCUCACAGCCGUCCCUCUGGCUCGACCUCACGACCGUCUGGCAGAUCUCGCCGCUGAUCCCGGGCCCGCUGGCCGCCGGCAUGGCGCACGUGCUGCGGGCCCACCGCGGCGCCACCAGGUCCGCAAAGAGCGCCGGGGACGACGCGCGGUUCGAGAUUUACCGCAACAGGGACCUGCCGCACCUGCUGCGGGCGUACGGCGCAAUGUUGGUGCUGACCGCGGCGCUGCACGUCGGCGUGGUGGGGCACAUCGCGGCGUCCUGGUCCGGCCCCGCGCCCCUGUCCCUCGCCGAGACGUUCCUCCGCGUCCCGCUGCCGUGGGGCCCGGACGCCUCGGCGUGGCACCGCGGAAGGUCGGCCGUCGACGUCGCCUUCGUCUUGUUCAAGUGGGACCUGCUCACCCUGGCCGCCGCGCUGCUCGUCUGGUGUCUGUGGAGCGUCCUGGAGGUGCGCAGGAUGGGGUACGUGACGACCCGCGAGGCCUGCCGCGUCGCCCUGGCCGUGCCCGCUGCGCUGGCGCUCGUGGGACCCGGCGCCAUGUACGCGGGGACUUGGUACUGGCGCGAGAAGACGAUUGCGGGCGUCAGUCGGAUGGAGGAGGGCGCAGAGAAGAAGAAGAACCGCUAA